AUGUUCACAUUACGUACGGAACCUUUCACUAAUCUACGAGGUGCUGCAGCUCAACGAUGUCCUCUCGCUUUGUGUCGGAUUGUGGGCGGUCAAAGUGGCACAUCAAAAAGCAAGCUCGAAGAUGUACACAUAUGGGGUAUGGUUAGCUCCAUUGGCCUUUGUUCUACAAAGCAUCUGACAGGUGUUCAGUGGCAACGUGCCGAAACACUAGGUGCUCUUGUAAAUGGAGUCUUCCUUGUCGCUCUGUGUCUAUCUAUCUUCCUGGAAGCCAUUCAGAGAUUUGUCGAACCGCAGACCGUCUCAAAUCCCAGACUAGUCCUCAUCGUUGGUUGCUUUGGCCUCCUAUCCAAUAUCCUCGGCUUGUUCCUCUUCCAUGAGCAUGGUCACAGUCACGGAGGCGGUCAUGGCCACUCACACGGUGGAGCCGAUAAGCUUGCUACUGCUGAGGAAGGACAUAGCCAUACUGUUGGUGGGAAGCAUACUCAAGCGGUAGCAGAUGAGAGCGGGAACGUGGCAGACGUAUUGCCGCAAAGUACAAUUGCUGGGUGGCCAAAGUCCGCGGGGGCAGCAAGAGAAGGGCCUCAAGAUCAGCUAAGCCGAAGCUCCAAUGGGUUUACACCUAGCGAUGAGGACGAUUCAACUGUCAAAGGGUCCACGUCGCCUCUGUCCACCCGAAAAUCACGUGCUAGCAGCACGCGACACCGUCGCCGUCAGAACAGCGGAGGAUCGAGAAAUAGAUUUUCCAGUGUCGACGACAUUCAUAUCCAUCCUGCGAGCUUCAGGCAGGACAUUAUUGCGCAAAGUCGAUUGGAAGACAUUGAAUCCAGGGAGGGGAGUAGUGUGUCCGGAGGAGAAGAAGCAGUUGACGAGGAUGAGCACGAGCCGACAGAGGGCUCGCCACUUCUUAAGCAAGCUAAGAGCAACGGCUCGGCCAAGCAUGCAGACAAUAACGGACAUUCUCACAAGCACAAAUCUGACGACCCUCACGACUCGUGGCACGAUAACCAUAAUCACAACCAGCCAAAGGAGACGAGUAGUGGCGGACAAUCGCAUGGAGAUCUCAACAUGCGUGGUGUCUUCCUACACGUCAUGGGAGAUGCUCUUGGGAAUAUUGGUGUUAUUGGGUCUGCUCUCAUCAUUUGGCUCACGGACUAUACGUGGAGAUUUUAUUCAGAUCCAGCCAUCUCCCUUAUCAUCACCCUUAUCAUCCUCGGAUCAGCCAUUCCGCUAUGUAAAGCGGCAUCACGGAUUCUGCUCCAAGCCGUCCCGGCAGGCAUCAGUGUCGAUAACAUCAAGGAGGACAUUGAAGAGCUUCCGGGAAUCUUGAGUUGUCACCAUCUUCACGUAUGGCAGUUGAGCGACGCCAAAGUGGUCGCCUCGCUACAUGUACAGGUCGAAUUCGAUUUCAAAGGCGAAGGCUCGAAACGGUAUAUGUUGCUUGCCAGGCAAGUCCGUCGCUGCCUCCAUGAAUACGGCAUUCACUCCUCUACAAUACAACCAGAGUUUUGCUUGGACAGCGAACACCGGCAUACUUCCGCACAGCACUCAGACAACGAAGACUCUAGCUCGCCCAAACCGAAAGCAGGAAGCAAAGGUGGCAGUAAAGCAGCCAGCAUGCGUAGUGAGCCCGAGGCCUGCCUGCUUGAUUGCGGCGAUGAAUGUGACGAAGGCGGUCAGUGCUGUGCACCGAGCACGGUCGAGGCCGACAUGCAUAACGAGGAGGAUCAUUCGCAUUGA